CAAACAGAGAAAGUAAAAACACUCAGCACAAACUACAAACUGGAAAAUGGAGGAAGCAGAGAUGAGCGACUGUAACCUUGUGGCGUUCAAGUCAGUGGAGAAAAUAGAAAGUCUAUAUCUUGCACUGGAAAAGCUUGAGAUGUCUUCUGACGCAGAUUCUACAGACACAGAGGUGCUGCGGUCCAGGAUUGAUGAACAGUCAGCCCUGAUAAAUAUACUAAAGCACAGAUCAGAUGAGCUCCUUUUGCGAUGUCAAGCUCUGCAGAAAAUCAACUCAGACUUAGAGGACAAAGUCACAUACCAUCACGAAGAACUGGAGAAGGAGAGAAAAAGAUAUGAGAUUUUGACAGAGAGAUUUAUGAUUUUGGCAGCCCAGACUGACGCCAUAAUUGUUUUUAAAGAUGAGUACAAAAGUGAAAAUGAAGAGCUUAGAGAGAAAAACCAGGAGCUUCGGUCUGAAAAUGAAUCACUCUUUUCCAGAAAACUGCAAGAUAAAGAGACAACUGUGCAAAAUCUGACACUAGAACUCAAUCAGCUAAAGGACAAAUAUGCUCAGAAUGAACACGAUUACAGAGAAUUGCAGGAUUCAAGGCCAAACUUCUCAAGCAAACAUUGUGAUUAUGAGAAAAAAGAAGCAUCACUUACUGAGAAACUGAAAACUUUGGAAGAAAUGCAGAGGAACACUGCUGCAAUGUGUGAUGAUUUGAAAAAGCAGCUCAAAAGCACUAAAGAGGAGUUUAUGUCAAAUGAGACCAAUAUGACAGAGACUAUAGCAGCACUUCGCAAGGAGAAGGACAAAUUUCUGCAAGUGUCACUUGAAAGGGGGAAAGUAGUACAGAAGAAACAAGAAGAACUGGAGCAACUGGAAAUUAAAGUGAGGGAAGAAAAACAACUCAGAACUAAAGCAGAAGAGAGGUUUAAACGCGAGUCGCAAUUGGUCAACGCCGAUGCUAGAGUAAAGUCUCUUCAGAGUGCACGUGAUGAAAAUACAACAAAAUAUGAGAAGCUGAAAAAGGACUUUGAAGCUUUUAAAGAACACAGCACAAAUCUCCUCACUUAUGAACGGGAAUUAAACAAGAAACUUCUACUCAUGACAGGUUAAAGUUAAGCACCACUGUUGUUAAAAGAAAAAUAAACGCA